AUGAGUUAUUGCCGGGCUGGCCGGCGGCGGCAGUCCAGCUGGCGCGCGCCGGCCGCCAUAUCGGGGGGUCCUGCGCAGCGGGGGAACCCCCGGCGGACCCCCCGGCGCAUUGGAGGGAGGGAACCCCCUCAGACCCGCCUGAUCAGGACACAUUCAACAAUUCACCCUGCAGCUGCCAUGGAUGCAGCCGCGGCUUUAGCGCAGCGGCGGCUGUGGUACGCUGACAGCGCGAAUUGCACCGGGGGUUCUUCUCGGCGCAGCAGCGGCUCGCGGCGGCUGUCGGCGUUCAAGCGGCCGGUCGCGGCCGGGUGCGGCGUGAAGUGCUGCGGCCGCGCGUCUGGGGGGGAGUUCCUGUCUGAUGACCUGAGAUGUGUUCAUCUCAGCAGGAGCCGGGCACCCCCCCCCCAGCCGCCCCGACGAUCCACCCUGCACAGCGUGCCCUCCGGCAGCAGGCGUUCCACGCUCUCCCACUCCAGCAGCCUGGCAGUGCAGUGGCUGCCCUAUGUGCACCCCAGUGGGCAGGUCAUAGCAGUGCCAGCUGGCGCCAUGUCAUCUGCCACGUCAGCGGCGGCCGCCGCCGACCCGCGCACCGAGCGUGCCCGGGACGCGAUGCGGCUGUGGAAGGGUGCGACCACGUGGGUGGCUCUGUGGCUGCUGCUGUCCGUGCUCACCCUGCUGCAUGCCGGGGCGCUCAUAGCCGCCCUCUAUGAUGUGCCAAUUGCAAAGGUGUGCGCGGUGCUGUUCUGCUGGACGGGUCUGUUGGGCACUGCGGUUGCCAUGCUGGCGUUCAUGACUACGGCGCUGUCAUCGCUGGCCUCGCUGGUGCACCUCUUUGUGCUGCAGCUGUUCACGCAUGACGCGCACCUGCCGCCAUGUGCGCCCGACCAACGCGUCUGCGCAGAGACCUACAACCUGCUCCUAGUCCUGAUGGUGGCGACUGUUGUGAUGUACGGAGUGCAUGCUGCAGUCUCUGCAGUUGUGGCCUGCAAGGCGCACUAUGCGAGGCAGGUGCUGCGGAGCCCCACCCACCAGUAUCCCUAUGGAUAA